AUGUCGGAGGAGAUGGACUACUCAGAGUACUCGCGGUUCUUUUUGGGAUGUUUGCAAGCUAAUACGAUGGUGCAGGCUGCCGUCGCAGCGAUUCAAAUGUUCAUGUGGGGCUACAUCCUCUCUCGGUUCCUCGAGCUCCCGUCCUACAGCCGGCGGAUGAAGCUGCUCUACCUGGCCGUGAGCCUCGCCAUCCUGGUACUCGGGUGUAUCAGCGCCUCCGCGGGCGCCUGGGUCUCGUACAAUAUCAUCCUCAACACCUCGCCCACGCUGGAGAACGAGCCGGAGGUCUCGCAGAGGUUUUACUCGACGGCGGUGAAUGCGACGCAUGUGGUUACGAAUGCUAUGCAAAGGUGGAUUGGAGAUGCGUUAUUGGUGUAUCGAUGUUUUAUCUUCUGGAAUGAUCAUCUCUGGAUUGCUGGAGUGCCUGUGAUGAUUUAUGUUGUCAACCUCGCUAUCAGCAUCCGCACCCUAAUCCCCCUCUCCGCCAACUUCACAGGGGAGAACUUCCGCUGGCAAGCAGCCGACAUCUUCAUCUUCGUAACCCUGCACAUCACAAUCACCUCGCUCAUCUCGUACCGCCUCGUCAAAACGCGCCAGUGGAUGUCGCAGUCGGUGCAAGCGGCGGACGAUAAAGUCUAUACGAAUGUCAUCGCUAUGCUGGUUGAGUCUGCGGCGGUUUUGACGAUCGUUGGCGCUGGAUAUGCGGUGGCUAAUUCGAUUUGGGAGAAUUGGACGGCGUAUCAGGUACAGUGGGUUUUUUAUAUGGGGUAUAGUAGUAUGAUUGCACUUGCACCGCAGUUGAUCAUUUUCCGGGUGGCGAUUGGGAGGUCGUGGGUUAAGCGCCCGGAGAAUUGGGGACAGGAUUCGAUUACUAGGGUAGACCUGAGUUCGGUUUCUAAAUCUUUCAAUUUUGAUACCAAAGUGUAA